AUGGCCAAAAAGGACGGCACCAACUUUUUCCACCCUGAUGACCUAGAGUAUGGCGAGAACUUAGCCUGGAACUCCAUUGUGAACGUCAACUGUCGGGUGCCGCUGAAGCUAUGGUACGACGAGUGGAAGAUCUAUAAUUUCCUGAAACCUAACAUCACGUCUAGAAACGGACACUUCACUCAAGUGGUAUGGCGUGAGACCCGGAAAAUAGGUUGCGGUCAAGCGGUCAGUAAAGGCAAA